UUCCUAUUUAUAUUUUCUUAUAAUUUUUAAGAACAAAGAAUCAUAUUUGCAAAAUAAAUAUCAUUCAUUAAAUAACGAAUAUUUGAUCAAAUAAACUGUCUUGUAUAGAGCAAAUUUAAAUCUACGAUUCCAGCGCAUUCCUUGUCCAUUCCGCAAGUUCCCACGAUCGAUAACACAUAUAUAUAUAUAUGUGGCAGUAUGUUUCACUUUCAACGUUCCUCUUUGCAAAUCAAUGGCGCCUAAACACUAGUCAGCUGAGAUGUUUUUUGUUUACCUGUAAUAAAUAAAAUUGAAGCAUCUAGGUAACUGAAAACGCAUUUUUACGAAAGACUGAAUAGAUCUCAUUAGCAAUAUGGUGAAAAUAGCUCUUCAACUGAAAGCUAACCUGGAGAAUGUAGAAAGCCUAACUUCAUCAGCUAGCCCAGAUUUCCGUUGGUACAUGAAAUUUGGCUGCAACAAUUGUGGAGAAGUGUCUUCAAAAUGGAACUACGUAUCUCUCUCAGAAGAGACUCCAGCAGUGAGAGGUAGCGCAGUCAAUCAUUUUGUCAACAAGUGCAAACUUUGUGCUCGAGAGAACUCUUUGAGUAUCAUACCUGAAACAAUUGCUGGCAUCAAUGCUGAUUCUUGCACUGAAUUCAAAACUGUUGUGGUACUGGAUUGCAGAGGCUUGGAGCCUAAGGAAUUUUCAGCCAGAGAGGGCUGGGUUAUUAAAGCUGCUGACAAUGGGCAAACCUUCAAUGAUGUGGACCUAAGCGAAGGAGAGUGGGCCGAUUACUGUGAUAAAACUAACCAACCUGUCGGUGUUUAUGAAAUACAGCAUAACUUUUUAAGGGUUAAAUAGAUAUUAGACUAUUGUAUGUAUACUUAUACUGUAUUAUACAGAAUAUAUGAA